AUGCCUAGAUUUAUUGGCUCCAUUGAUCAAGGAACAACCUCAACACGAUUUGUCAUUUUCAAUGAAAAGGGUGAAAUUGUCACAUUUCAUCAGAUGGAGUUUGAGCAAAACUAUCCUCAGCCUGGCUGGGUGGAGCACGAUCCCUAUGAUUUAUUGGAUUCAGUGCACACUUGCAUCGAACACGCUAUUCUCAAGCUGGGGUUGAUGGGAUACGAUGCAUCAGACAUUGCGUGUAUUGGCCUUACGAAUCAGAGAGAGACAUUGAUUACAUGGGACAGCCUCACUGGACAUCCAUUGUAUCCAGCCAUCAUCUGGAGUGAUACCCGCACCAUUGAUACCGUCAAGCAAUUAGCCAACAAAUCUGAAAAGGGUGUGAAUGCGCUCAAGGACAUUUGUGGUCUGCCUCUCACAACGUAUUUUUCCGGUGUUAAGUUGAGAUGGCUUCUAGACAAUAUUCCGGUUGUUGUACAAGCACAAAAUCAGAAUAGACUUUGUGUUGGUACAGUCGACACUUGGUUGAUCUAUAAUUUAACCGGCGGUUUAGACCAUGGUGGAGUCAUUGUAACUGAUGUAACAAAUGCAAGCAGAACAAUGCUGAUGGAUAUCAAUACUUUGAAUUGGAGUCCAGAAUCAAUCGAGUUCUUUGGAUUUGAACAAGUGCGAUUACCUCGCAUUGUCUCUUCAUCCGAGAUUUACGGCACAUUGGCUGAAGGCUCACUCAAAGGCGUCCCCAUUGCCGGCUGCUUGGGCGAUCAACAAGCUGCUCUGGUAGGCCAGCAAUGCUUCCAUGUGGGCGAUGCAAAGAACACAUACGGUACUGGAUGCUUCAUGCUCUUCAACACCGGCAAUCAACCCGUUCAAUCUCAAAAUGGUCUUUUGACAACUGUCGCUUACAAAUUUGGUGAUCGCGAACCUGCUUACGCCCUCGAAGGAUCUGUUGCCGUAGCUGGAUCUUCUAUUAAUUGGCUUCGUGAUAAUCUUGGCAUCAUUGCUGAUACUACUGAGUUGAAUUCAUUAGCAUCAAAAGUGAAGAGCACUGCUGGUGUUUAUUUCGUUACUGCUUUCGCUGGCCUAUUUGCCCCAUAUUGGCGAUCAGAUGCUCGUGGAACAAUAUGUGGCAUUACUCAUUUCACUAAAUUGGAGCACCUGUGUCGAGCUACCUUGGAAGCUGUUUGCUACCAGUCUCGCGCUAUCCUAGAGGCCAUGAAUAUGGACUCCAAGACUCCUCUUCGCUCCUUGAAGGUCGAUGGCGGCAUGUCGAACUCUGAUCUCUGUAUGCAAAUCCAAUCCGAUAUCUUGGGCAUCACUGUGGACCGUCCAUUGAUGCGAGAAACAACUGCCUUGGGUUCUGCUAUCGCUGCUGGUUUUGCUUGUGGCAUCUGGAAGUCAUUCGAGGAGCUGUCUGGUAUCAAUCAAGAAGGCAGAACUCAUUUUGAAUCAAAAAUCUCUGAAAAGCGCCGCAACAAGAUGUGCAAUGGAUGGGAGCAAGCAGUGAAACGUUCCUACGGAUGGGCCAAUGUUGCUACCACAGUGUCUACGGAUGAUAAGGUCCUCGAGCUCUAA